AUGUCCACCUCGUCACAAUCCGGCUCGUCCGCAGCCUCCCUCCGCUCUUUCAGCUCUUCCAUUCCCUCCACCAUCCCCGAAGACGACCAACUCAACAUAUCUGCCGCCACGACAGCACCACCCCCAGCCUACACGUCCCUGUUCCCCAACCAAACAACCACCACCAUUCCCGACCCCACUAACAUGAUGCGAGACCGCCGCGAGCAACCACGCUACACGACCAUCACGCUCCGCGAAAUCCGCUUCCCCAACGGCUGCCCCUGCCACCCAGCCACCCCACAAGCCGGCCGCGAAGCCGCCAUCCUCGAGCACGUCUCGGGCCUCCGCGCCGCCUGCGACUGGAUCCCGCACGCCCGGCCGCGGCUGGUCGAGGACUCUCGCAAGCGGGCCGCGGAGCUCGAACGCCAACGCGCCACCAGCCAGGGCAGCGUCUCGAGCUCCAGCUCUACCUCCAACUCCGGCGCUGGUGGCCUGCUACAGCCGCCACUGCCAUGCCAUACCACGACGACCACGUCCGUCGCUUCCAAGUCUCGAAAUCGACGCCCCUCGGCCUUCUUCUCCCGCAGAGUCUCGGGCUCGAGGUGA